AUGACUUCCUCCUCAGCACCGACGCUAACAGAAGCCUCGAACCUGAAUCGCAACACCCUCAAUCAAAGGGCCUCUCGAGCUCGAAGGCGGACGUAUAUCCGGGAUCUAGAGCGUCGCUUGCACGCUCACGAGGCUCAAGGCGUGCAAGCCACUGCGGAAGUGCAAGCCGCCGCGCGGCGAGUUACGGAGGAGAACCGUGCAUUGAAGGAGGAAGUGAGGCUUUUGAGGGAGAGGAGCGAAGCUUUGGAGAAGGCGCUGCUAGCUAGCAAUAGGACUGAGAAGGACGUGGGAAGUGAGACUGGGUAUCGUGGCUGCGGCAGAGGUGGAAGGCUGAGAGGAAGCAAGCGUGCGCCUAGUACAAGGGCAAAAUCAAGGAGAACAGGCGCAACGAGAGCAUCACCUGAUUAUCAACAAGCACUCACGACACCCGCCGGUCUGGUACCAGCUGUCUCAAUAUCGACGAACGCUCUGCCUUCUCACCGUUCUGGGUUGUCAACGUCUACACCCUCUCCUAUCGCAGCCACGACGCAGCUCUCAAAUGCGGAAGCCAGCAUGACAUCGACUUACGAGGACGCCAUGAUACUCAUCACUUCUCCUUCAGACUUUCCGACGCCAGACCUGCAAGGCCAUCCAGCUCCGGCACCGGAAUAUACCUAUCCAUCACCCGCUCCAACCCACUCGCCUUCUCCGUCCCACUCUCAUCCAGGAUCUCAACCCGAACCAUGCAGACUCCCCAGUAGACCAAACAGCACGCCCUGCCUGCAAGCCGCGCUCAUCAUCGCCAGCAUGCGCGGCAUGCCUAGUAACGAUAUCACCGUGGAGACGGAGAUCCUCCCCGAGCUCGGUUGCUAAGGCCCUCUUGAGAGGCCGAGGUGCGUCCCUUCAUCGUCGGAGAAUUGUAGCAGUCACAGAAACAGUCAGCGUGGGUUUAAAGCUAACGACGGUGGGGGUCCUGGAGAAAAAGAAGACAUGACUUCUGCCUGCGCAGUUGACAAUGCGAGGUUAUUCGGGAUCUUGGCCAGGGAAGGGUAGAGUCGCCUAGAGUAGUCUAGGAGGGAGCGAACAUUUACAGGCAUCCAAUCUCAUGUUUAU